AGGAAUGCCGCCGAUGCAGGUGCACCACGGGCCGCCCGGGAUGGGCCAGCACCACCCGGGACCCCCGGGCUCUGGAGGGCAGCCACCCCCCCGGCCCCCCCCGGGAAUGCCCCACCCAGGACCCCCCCCCAUGGGGCUCCCACCCCGAGGGCCCCACUUCGGAUCACCCAUGGGUCACCCCGGGCCGCUGCCGCACCACGGGCUCCGCGGGCCCCCCCCGCUGAUGCCGCCCCACGGCUACAACGGGCCCCCCCGGCCCCCCCCCUACGGAUACCAGAGGGUCCCGCUGCCCCCACGGCCGGCCCAGAGACCCCCCGGGGUGCCCCCCCGCGGGCCCCUGCGGGGACCCCUGCCCUGAGAGGGGGGGGCAGCCCCCCCACCCCGCUCGGGACCCUCUGCCCUCCACCCUCCACCCUCCCUGGACCAACGUUCCCUCUCC